AUGGUCAAGAUUAAUGAUAUACAUAGCACGGCUACUUUUGCCUGGUCAAAUGAUUCUUUACCAACUUUAGCUACCGGUACUGCUGCUGGUGUAAUUGAUGAUGAUUUCUCUUCAAAAUCAAUACUUUCAUUCUAUGAUUUGGAUAACAAAACACCUAAAUUACAAGUUGAUGCUGAUGCAAAAUUUCAUGAUUUAGAUUGGUCAAAAUCAAACAAUUUAUUAGCUGGUGCUUUAGAAAAUGGUAAUAUUCAAUUUUGGAAUACUGAAAAUCUUCAAAGUCAAAAUAAUGUUACUUCAAUUGCAAAAGGUGAAAAACAUUCAGGUCAAAUUAAAUCUUUGCAAUUUAAUCCUAUUCAAAAUAAUAUUUUGGCUUCUGGUGGUGCUAAUAGUGAAAUUUUCAUUUGGGAUACAAAUAAAAUUACAAAUUUAAGUCCUUUCAUUCCAGGUACUGCAAUGACACCAAUGGACACAGUACAAUCUGUUUCAUGGAAUAAUUCGGUUAGUCAUAUCUUUGCAUCUGCUGGUAGUGCUGGUUAUACUUCCAUUUGGGAUUUAAAAGCUAAAAAAGAAGUUUUACAUUUAUCUUAUACUGAAAAUUCAGGUUCCAAAGCAAAUUUAUCUGUUGUUUCAUGGCAUCCAACUCAAAGCACAAAAUUAAUUACAGCUUCUGAAAGUGAUGGUGCUCCAUUAUUAUUAACUUGGGAUUUAAGAAAUUCAAAUGCUCCAGAACGUAUAUUAUCAGGUCACAAGAAGGGAAUUUUAUCUGUUGAUUGGAAUAAGAAAGAUCCAAAUUUCCUUUUAUCAAGUGGUAAAGAUAAUACUACAAUCUUAUGGAAUCCAAUUACCGGUGAUAAAUUAGCUCAAUAUCCAACUACUGCAAAUUGGGUUUUCAAAACAAGAUUUGCCCCAGAAUCACCAGAUAUUUUCGCAAGUGCAAGUUUUGAUAAAAAAAUUGUUGUACAAACUUUACAAGAUACUUCACCUCCAGUAUCCAAAAGAAUUAAUUCAACUAAUGAAAAUGAUUUUUGGAAUCAAAUUUCUGAUACUGAUACUCAACAACCUGAAUAUUUUAUUAAACAAGCUCCAAAUUGGUAUGGUAGUCCAAGUGCUGUUAGUUUUGGAUUUGGUGGUAAAGUAGUUUCAUUAUCUAAAACUGGUGAAAAAUCAUCUGAAGUUAAAAUUACAAAAUUUAAACCUGAUGGGUUUAAAGAUAAUGAUUCAUUGAAGACUGCAUUAGAAUCUGGAGACUUUAAAUCUUUAAUUGAUGAAAAUUUAUCUAAAUCUUUUGAUGAUAUAAAUAAAUCUGAUUGGGAAUUAUUAAAUGAAUUAGAUGGUCAAAGUAAUGUAUUUGAUAAAUUCAUUUCAUUAAACAUUUCAGAUGAUGAAACAACAACAGAAUCCAGAACAAAUGGUGAUGCUACAAAAGAUGCAUCAAAUGAUGAAGAUUUUUUCCAAAAUUUGGGUGAAUCAAAACCAUCAAAUGAAUAUUUACCAUCUGGUGAAUUUAAUUUAAUUGAUCAAGAUUCAAAUUUAAAAAAAUUAUCAGAUGCAUUAUUAUCCAAAAAUUUAUCAAAAGCUAUUGAUAUUUCAUUAUCAAAUGAUCAAUUAAUCGAAGCUUUAAUCAUUGCAUUGAAUGGUUCUGAUGAUUUGAAAAAUAAAGUAAAAAAUGCUUAUUUCAAUAAAUACGCUUCACAAACUCCAAUUGCUCGUUUAUUAUACAGUGUUUCAUCAAAUAAUAUUAAUGAUCUUGUUGAAAAUGGUAAUGUUUCAAAUUGGAAAGAAAUUGCCAAUUCAAUCAAAAAUUAUUCACAAGGUAAUGAUGAAGUUUUGAAAAAACAAUUUAUAAAAUUAGGUGAUCGUAUUUAUAAAUCUGAUCCAAUCAAAAAUCGUAACGAUGCUAUUAAGACAUAUAUCUCUGCAUCUGCUUUAGAUAAAGUUGCAGAAAUUUGGGUUAGUGAAUUGAAAACUUUAGAAUCAAAAAUUUUAUCAAACUCCAAGAAAUCUCCAUAUGAUGCUCAUUUCCAAGUUUUAAAUGAAUUUGUUGAAAAAUUCAGUGCUUAUAGAUCAAAUUUAAAAUUAGAUGCUCCAGUAACUAAUAAUGAAUCAUUAUUGUCAACAAUCUUGGAAUAUACCAGUAUUAUUUCAUCAUCAGGUCAAUUUGAAUUAGCUAAUAAAUUUUUAAAUUUAUUAUCAAAUGAUAUUCCAGCUGUUAAAUUAGAAAAAGAACGUAUUGCUAAAGCUUCAGGUAUUGGUUCUCGUGCGACAACUACUACUACAAAUACAAGAACAUCACGUUUAGCUCCAAAUAAUCCAUAUGUUGCUCAACAACCUAAUAUUCCAAAUGCUGCUACUUCAGCUUAUGGUUUACCAGUUCCAAAUGUUCCAGCUCCAGUUAAUCAAUCACCAUAUGCACCAUUUGCUCAACCAAAUUUAAGUACACCAUCUUCAAAUCCAUAUAGACCAGCUGUUGGUGCUCCUGGUCCUGUUGCUCUUGGUAGUGCUGCUACAACUGCUGCUGCUUCAAUUGCCUCAAAUCCUUAUAAACCAGCUGUACCAACUCCAUCAGCUUCAGGAUUUAAUCCAUAUAGACCAAAUGAUUUAUCAGCUAAUGUUGCUCCUGGUAAUCCAUCUUCAGCAAUCCCACCACCACCAAAAGCACCAACUAAAAAGAAUGAAACUGAAGGUUGGAAUGAUUUACCAUCAACUUUCCAAACUCAAACUCGUCGUUCAACUCCUGCUGCUCCUGCUGCAGUUGCUGCUCCUGUUCAAUUACCACAACCAAAUGUUAGUACACCUCAACCACCAUCAUUGAGUCGUAAUCAAUCAUUUGUUAAUGCACCAAGUAUCCCACCUCCACCAAGAUCAGUUUCCAAGAGUAGAAAAUCAAGUGCACAAGUUGAAACUCCUGCUCCAACUCAACCAAAUACUCGUUAUACACCAACUCAACAACCUGCAAAUGUUUUCAGUCCAAAUUUAUCAAAUAAUCAAUCUGGUGCUCCACCUCCACCACCUGCUGCUGCUGCUCCAUCAAAUCCAUAUGCUCCAAGUGCUAAUACUGCACCAGCUCCAUCAAACCCAUAUGCUCCACCACCACCUGCUUCUGGUCCACCUGCUGCUAACCCAUAUGCUGUUCCACCUCCACCAAUCGGUGCUGGUAUUCAAGCACCAUCUGCACCAAGUCCUUAUGCACCACCUCCACAAAUUGCUGGUCCACCACAAGUACCAAAACCUAAUCCAUAUGCCCCAAGUGCCAAUGCAACUCCACAAGUAUCAUCACCAUUCCCUGUUGCACCACCAAGUGUUGGUCCUCCUUUAACUGCUGCUGCUCAACUUCAACAACAACAACAACAAUUCCAAGGUCCUCCACAAGUUUCAAGUCAAGCUCCACCAAUUGCUCCACCUAAAAGUGAACCACCAAAAUCAAAAUAUCCAUCAGGGGAUCGCUCACAUAUUCCAGAAGGAUCAUUAAAUAUUUAUAAAAAAUUAGAUGAACAAUUUAAUUUAAUUAAACCAAAUGUUCCAGAAAAAUAUGGUAAACAAGUUAUUGAUACAGAAAAAAGAUUAAAUAUCUUGUUUGAUCAUUUAAAUAAUGAAGAUUUAUUAACAUCACCAACUAUUAAUAAAUUAAAUAGUUUAGUUGAUUCAUUAAGUUCAAAAGAUUAUCAAACUGCUUUAAAUACUCAUGUUGAUUUAUUAACUAAUCAUAGUAAUGAAGGUGGUAAUUGGUUAGUUGGUAUUAAACGUUUGAUUCAAUUUGCUGAAGCAUUAAAUUAG